CACAGUCUCCCGUGAGGUAAUGCGGGGUUGGACAUCCCGCCCUUCUACGGCCGCGGCUCACACGAGAGGCGGGAAAAUCCCACGCCCCGCCCACAACCUGCGGCCGCGCACUGGCCCCGCCCCGCUGGUGUCGUCACGCCGCCCCUGUUGCUCUUCCUGGAAACCCCGUGUUGGUGUAAGGAGACUGGCGGCCGCCAUUUCGGGGAGUCGCGGGUGUUGCCGUUGUUCGGUCCAGUGAAGCUGUUGUCCUCCCGGCCGCGGUCCCGUCUCUUCUCCCGUCCUCUGUACGCCGCGGUGUCCGCCGGUAACGACGCCCUGUUCUCUUUGUAGAUCCAGCCGCCGUUUCUUUUUUUUUUCCCUCAGCGCAAACAAGGCCCGAGGCCUAAGGAGCGGUCAGCCCGAGCAGCCCCGGGGCGCGCCUCAGAUUCACCAUAAUGGCUGAUGACAUUGAUAUAGAAGCGAUGCUAGAAGCGCCCUACCGGAAGACUUGCCUAACGAUAUAUCACCUCUACUCCCAUGAAUUCACCUUUGAUUCCAGUGUGAACUGUCAAUCAUAAGGUAGUAAUUGAGUGACGUAUCGCUGUACCGUGGUCCCCUAGGUAAAAAGACUUGCCUAUGAACUGCCGAGCUUCGGUUUGGCUUAGCGACAAGGUGAAUAGAGUGGUUCUGGGAAAGAAAUGGGGCUCCAAGAAUAUCCACAUUCACCAGCCGAGAUCAGGGCAGUUCAAGCAGAUUCUACUCUGCAAUGUUCGUUAUACUUUGUGAUUUUUUUUUUUAUUAUAUUUUUUUUUAUUAAAAGUGAAAAAAAGUUUGACAUGGGAAGCAUCCAGCCUUUUAGUUAAAAAAGUUGACCAGAUUCUUGGAUCUCCCUCUAAAUCAUUUUAAUUGAAUUUUUUUUGUCGUCCCCCCCCCCCUUUUUAUUUUUUUCUAUUUUUUAUUUUCCCCCUUUUUAUUGAAUAACCGAAUGACUACUAUGCUGUUCUGUACCUUUUGAGUUCAGCAAAGUUCUGUCAUUGUGUAACACAGGUUUCUUGUACUGUUUUGGUGCAUUAUGUUACUGUGUUGCCCUAAUGCUAAUUUCCUAUUACGGAAAUGCAUAUCUACCUAUCCUCACCGUAACCUGUAAUUUGCAUGCAUAAGCAUAGAGAAGCUCAGUAUGACUGAGAUGAUGUUGUAGCCUAUGCAUUUGGAAUGCCUGUAUAUGACAUUGGAUUGUGGUCCAUUAACCACAUCACCUUUUUAAUAAGCUUCUUUAUUUAUUGGCAGUUAUCCCCUCACAAUGAAGAUGCUGGGCAUAAUGUAAUGGCUCCCUGAGCCUUUGUUAAACAUGGAUAUUUCCGUGUUCGUAGGAACUGAAGUAGGGAAAUGUUUAGGUUUGACAGGUACAUAUUUGCUGAUUUUUCUUGGGAGUCGACGUUACUAAAGCAGUGUGAAUCCCUGUUUGCUUCAGGGCGAGAUGUGUGACAGAGGUGGCAUCAAGUUCUUACAGUCCCAACCCACCAACGAAAAUGGGCGAAGAUCACAGGAAUGGCAUCGGUCACUGGAAUUGGAUAGUGGUCGCUGCUAGCGCGGCCACUUUGGGCUUAGGCAAACGAUAGCCUUGGACGAGAACAAACUGAACAGUGCCAAUGGACAUGAGGAGCGCAGCAAAAAGAAAAAGAAAAGUAAAAGCCGAAGUCGUAGCCGUGAAAGAAAGCGUAGCAGGAGCAAGGAGAGGAAGCGCAGCAAGGAGAGGAAGAGAAGUAGAAGCCGAGAAAAAAAGCGCAGUCGCAGUAAGGAACGUCGGAGGAGUCGGUCAAGGAGCAAAGAUCGGCGGUUCAGAGGCCGUUACAGAAGUCCAUAUUCUGGACCAAAGUUUGGCAGCUCUAUGCGAGGCAAAGUGUCAGGAGUACCACACACCGUGAAGCCAAGGCGUCGUUCAAAGAGCAAAAGCCCACAGAAGAGGGAGAAGAGCCCUGUGAGAGGACCAAUUGAUAAUCUAACACCAGAAGAAAGAGAUGCACGCACGGUCUUCUGUAUGCAGCUGGCAGCAAGGAUCCGUCCAAGAGACCUAGAAGAAUUUUUCUCAACGGUUGGCAAAGUUCGUGAUGUGAGGAUGAUCUCAGACAGAAAUUCCAGACGUUCUAAGGGGAUAGCUUAUGUGGAAUUUGUUGAUGUUAGCUCCGUGCCUCUAGCAAUCGGUCUGACAGGACAGAGGGUCUUGGGUGUUCCUAUUAUAGUACAGGCUUCUCAGGCAGAGAAAAACAGAGCUGCUGCAAUGGCCAAUAAUUUACAGAAGGGCACAGCCGGGCCAAUGAGGCUAUACGUUGGAUCUUUGCAUUUUAACAUAACAGAAGAGAUGCUUCGUGGAAUAUUUGAACCAUUUGGCAGAAUUGAGAGUAUACAACUUAUGAUGGAUAGUGAAACUGGCCGCUCCAAGGGAUAUGGCUUUAUUACUUUUUCAGAUUCUGAAUGUGCCAAAAAAGCUCUUGAGCAGUUAAAUGGCUUUGAGUUGGCUGGGCGUCCCAUGAAGGUUGGUCAUGUGACAGAACGUACAGACGCUUCAAACGCCAGUUCAUUUUUGGAUAGUGAUGAGCUGGAAAGAACUGGAAUAGACCUUGGUACAACUGGGAGACUUCAGCUGAUGGCUAGGCUUGCAGAAGGAUUGGCAGGCACUGGACUGCAGAUACCCCCGGCAGCGCAGCAAGCAUUGCAGAUGAGCGGCUCUCUGGCUUUUGGUGCUGUUGCAGAUCUUCAGUCAAGAAUUUCACAACAAAGUGAAGCUCUUGCUGCUGCUGCGGCCAUCACGUUGACGUCAUCGGCAUUGACAACACCAGCAGCUCCAGCGUCCACUCAACCACUUGCCACACAAUGCUUCCAGCUAUCAAACAUGUUUAACCCACAAACGGAAGAUGAGCCGGGUUGGGAUACAGAGAUAAAAGAUGAUGUCAUUGAAGAAUGCAACAAACAUGGAGGAGUCGUUCACAUCUACGUAGACAAGAGUUCACCACAGGGUAAUGUUUAUGUUAAAUGUCCAACCAUAGCAUCCGCAAUCGCAGCAGUAAAUGCUUUGCAUGGAAGGUGGUUUGCUGGCAAAAUGAUCACUGCUGCGUACGUCCCUCUUCCCACUUAUCACAGCCUCUUCCCUGAUUCCAUGACCUCCACUCAGCUGCUGUUCCCUGUGCGCCGAUGAUUCGGACUCCGAAUAUUUUGUACAUAGGAUUUACAUAACUUUUCGAGAGAGUGUUGUAGGGAAUUGUUUUAUUUAGUUGAAGUUGGAAAGGAAUGGUUGUAAUGUGUUAUUUUUUUUGUGUACAAAUCUAAAACAAAAAACCUUAAAGGCUGAAUGCGACAUAUUGAUCGGCUCACCGGCAUUCAGCCAGUUAAUUUGCUGCGCUGCCUUACUGUCCGAGACGAAAACCGGGACAGCGAAAAAAGGAAACUGGGCAAGUGAAGAAGUGACCUGGGCUGUUUGGUGGAGGAGAUGAGAUCGGGACCUCUGUUACAGAAGAAUUUAGUGCUUAGUAAAGGUUAAGCGGGGACGUGUAGACCGUCAGAUUUUAAGUCUCAUUCUAUCUGUGAAGUUUAUUUUGUACAUAGUUCCGGUAUUUUCUUCUAUACCAAACAAAAAUCUCAGCUGUGUUUCUGGGCAGGGAAUGUUUUAUGCUUUAAAUGACCGGCCAUGGUGUCAGGAGGCUGCCGGGGAACGCAGGGACACUUUUUUUGUUUGGUCGCAUAUAACCUCCUGCUCUUUAAGCUCUGUGAGCUCUAAAAAAUAAUUUUAUUUUUUUGUUAAUUUAGUGUGUUUGACAAGACUGCUUAAUAUUUCUAUCCAACGACUUUCAUAUUUCAAGUAUCUUUGUAAAGAAGCUCUCAAAUAAAAAUCCUUUGAAACAAA